AUCUCUCCUUCCGCGCGGCGCCUUGUCCCGUCUCUCGACCUUCCUCGCUCCUUGCAGAUACUUAGCCAUGACCUCGAGGGAGAAGGAGAGCCUGAGGGCGAGCUUUGAGAGGAAGGGCUUGCGGUAUUACACGAAGGAGGAGGAAGAGUGUUGUGUUCCCCUGAUGGAGACCGAGUUCGAUUCCCAUUCGAAAGCUGAAGAUGGCAUCAGCUGGUACAAGGCGAUGUUCUUAACGAUGAACGCGGCGCUUGGUGCUGGUCUUUUGAAUUUCCCACGGGCGUUUCAUGAUGCGGGAGGCCUCGUCCCGGGAAACAUGCUUCAUAUGGUAGUAACAGUCUUAGCUCUGAUCUCCCUCCUCAUUAUUGCCAAUUGUGCAGUUGAGCGAAGAUGCAACACGUAUCAAGAGCUGAUCUUACACAUGUGCGGCCGUCGUUGGAAUGUUGUGGCUUCGGUGUGCAUCUUCGCCUACUGCAUGGUCACUUGCAUCACCCUUCUGAUUAUUAUUGGGGACCAGUUUGAUAGAGCCUUCGCCUCCUUCGCCGGGAGUGAUUUCUGUGCAAUUUGGUUCAUGAACAGAAAAUUCACACUUACGGCCUCCGCCAUAAUGCUCAUUUUCCCGUCCUGUUUGAAGAGGAUGGAUGCACUGAGGUUCCUGAGUUACGCCGGAGUCCUGACCAUAUUCUACGUAACAGUAAUAAUAACAGAAGAAUACUAUACUGGAGGGUAUGCGAGACGGCCGCUUGAGAUAUAUGAUGCAGACUGGGUUCAGAUGUUCAACGUCCUGCCAACCAUCUGCUUCGGUUACCAGUGCCACAUCAGCAGCGUGCCAAUAUACUCGUGUGUGAAGCAGAGUCAAGCUAAGUCGACGUGGAAGGCCUGCACAGUAGCCAUCGCCGUGUGCCUGUUAGUGUACACCGUCUCGGCUAACUACGGUUACCUCACCUUCGGGUCUCUGGUCAACACGGACGUUCUCCUGUCCUACGAAGCAAGACGCCCUCAGGUCCUUGUGGCUGUGGUGCUCCUGGCGGUCAAGUCGUGGACGACCUACCCGAUCUUGCUCUUCUGUAUGAGGGAGGCUGUGAACGACAUGUAUCUGCGAGUACGAUCACUCCCGGAAUCGGCUGCCGAGAAGGGGGAGCCGACGAGGAGGAAGCUGAUAGCGAUAGCGUUGUGGGGUCUCACCGUCCUGUUCGCUGUCUUCCUCCCUAACAUCGGGAUCGUUAUGAAAAUCCUCGGGAGUCUGGCUGCCUUGUUUAUCUUCGUCUUUCCGGGUAUGUGCGUCUUACAAGUCGCGGACGAAUUCGUGCCGAGUCGCAAAGUCGCCUUUGACACUUGGAAAAAGCGAGGCAUGGUGUUGGCCGGGUCACUAUACCUCACUGUUGGAGGAUUUGCCUUCGGUCUUGCGCUAUCUUUGGGUGUGGAGGGUCUCGUUAGUCCGGAAGUCCCUGUGUCGGCUUGUGGGGUAUAGUGAUGGUAUUGUGACAGGCUAGGGGUGAGGUAUAGUGAGAGGGUGUGGUAUAGUAUAGUGAGAAGGUUGGGUAGGGUAUAGUUAGAGGGUUG